CUAUCCAUAUAUAUACCUUAUUCUGUUUUGCGGUUCAUGCCGCCGGCCAAUCGCAAUUGAACCGUCAUGGCUGCUCUUCGGGUCAAUGACACUUUUGUCAUUUAACAUUUGCAUGGGAUGCGCAUAGCAUCCUCAUCAUGGUGGCUGCUCCUGCCAUGUCUGGUUCAGCUUCUGAGCUCAGAUCUCGUGAGGGGAAUGACGAUCAAUCGGAGGAUAGAGCUGAGGGAAGAGGUCCGAGAGAUGUUCAAGCAUGGGUUCGAGGGUUACAUGACACACGCUUAUCCAGCGGAUGAGCUCAAACCGCUGAGCUGUAUCCCUUCGUACCGCGAUCCAGAUGUCGGUAACUUUGGAAUCAACGACAUCCACGCCAAUGCUUCAAUGACACUGCUGGAUACUCUGUCGACCCUGCCAGACAUCUUACCGCAAGAGUUUCCAGGGGCUCUGGAGAAGGUCGCCAAGGGUAUUUCGUUCAAUCAGGACGUGAAAGUCCAGGUAUUUGAGAUGACCAUCAGAGCUCUUGGAGGCCUGCUAUCAACGUAUCAGUAUCUCGAAAGCCUUCCUGUAGCUCCACAAGAUCAGGCGAAAACUCUCGGACUCAAACAACGUGAAGUCGAUGUCAAAGUGUUUCAACCUCGGAUACUGGAGCUAGCCCUGGAUCUCGGCGAGAGACUGUUGCCUGCAUUUCGGACAAGCACAGGUAUACCGUUUGCUCGCGUCAAUUUGAGAUAUGGUGUCGAGGCGGGGGAAAGUGAAGAGACUUGCACAGCGGGUGCAGGUAGUCUCAUCUUGGAAUUUGGAGUGUUGUCGCGCUUGACAGGGGACCGGCGUUUUGAAGAUGUGGCGAGAAAAGCCUACCAAGCAGUAUGGGACCGAAGGUCGCCUCACAAUUUACUGGGCAAUACCAUUGGCGCCGAGCAUGGACAAUGGCUGGCACCCGGAAUGAGUGGGAUCCAAGCAGGCAUGGACAGUUAUUUCGAAUACGCUAUCAAAGGAGCUAUACUACUGGGAGACGACACGUAUCUUGAUAUAUUCGACGACGCUUACGCAGCUAUACAAACGUUUGUACGAACCAAUGACGGCUUCAUCUAUCGACCUGUACAAUUUCGGACGCUUCAAAUCGCAGCACCGUCCACUGUGGACUCUCUUUCUGCCUUUUUCGCUGGCGUGCAAGUCCUAAAUGGGGAUCUAGAGUCUGCGAUCCGAAACCACUUGGUUCACUGGAAUCUCUGGCGUCGUUACAGCGGCUCGCCAGAGAGCUGGACUUGGAGCAAUAGAGAUCUGCAUUGGACGGGCUGGCCUGGUCGACCAGAAUUUGUUGAAUCGACUUAUUACCUGUAUCAGGCGACUCGUGAUCCAUUUUAUCUUCGAGUUGGAGAACGAGUCCUCGAAGAUAUCCAGGAACGAGUCCGCACAAAAUGUGGUUUUGCGACCAUGAAGGAUGUGGAGACUGGCGAGCUGGAUGACCGCAUGGAAAGCUUUGUCCUUUCUGAGUUGUUCAAGUAUCUGUACCUCUUAUUUGACCCUUCCGAGGCUGAAUCACCGACCAACCGCGUUUUCUCCACCGAGGGACAGACUUUGUCCCUGCCUCCAUCACUUUGUCGACCCACGCGUCAUGGAAGCCCUAGCGUCAAGACGCCCGGGCGUACAUGUCCAGCCUACGUCCCCCCGACGCUCAACGGACUCACGGUCGGCAUCGAGCAGCGACUCGAUUACGAGUAUGCCAGGACCAUCGUCUAUGGUCCAGGCGUCAACGGUCGAGCAGAGGAGACCGGCAAUGUCCAUUGGUCAGAGAGUGGAUUCUGCGUUGUACCUAGUGCACCGCGCUAUAGCGUCGACAUUGUUCUGGCUCCUAUGAACGCUUCCAGCUCCGAACAGCAACCCGCCCCACCUCAAAUAGAUGACAUGAACGCUUUUCUGUCGACGAGAUUGACCCAACAUCCUACCUCCGGUGAUUUUCUCCUCUCGGAUGUGUCUGGCGUGCACAUGACCGUCCGAUGGCGUCACGAUAACACCGGGUACGAUAUUGCGACGAUCGGCCCUCAUAGAGUCCUCCCGGGUCAAUCGGUCAUCGUGUCUGAUCCUUUAAUGGAGGGUUUCCUGCCGAUGCCGGAUCCAGCCGCGAAUGAAGUCGAGUUUGUGGACACACACCCGCCCGCUGAAGUCAUCAUGCGGUUUUCCUUGCUAUCUGGGAAAGAAAAGCAAGUGAUCCUCCAUGCUGCCGGCUCGACGGCGACUUUCGGUCGAAAGUUUGCAGAGAGCGGAUCCAACAAUUGGGGUCUAGGAGGCGGUCCUGUGCGAUUGAUCCUUCCUCCUAAUACGGACCCUUCAGGCUGUCAACGACUCGGACGACCACACAAGUCUGUCCCGGAGCCAUAUGUGUUCCUACUCCAAAGGGGUGAUUGCACCUUUUUCGACAAGCUUGUGCAUGCCCAGAAAGCCGGUGCAGUUGGUGUACUAGUGUACGACGAACCUCCAUCUGGAAUGGCUGGAAAAACUUUGCCUCUACUCGCCAUGGACGAAGCCAUACUCAUUCGACCUUCCUCUGGAGAAGAGCCUGCAGAUCUGGUCAAAGCGACGGAAAACACCGGCAUGGUUUUCACUACCUUUAUCGUUGGCGAGCUUAUCAAGCGGAUGAUACAGGUGGAAAGCAAGGUCUUAGGCGUGGAGUUGAUGCCGGUGGAUGAGGACAUGUUAGGGAGCUCAUUGAGUACGGCUGGACAAACUGUACUGGGCAGUAAAGUUAAAAAGGAAGUGGGACCAAGAGAAGGAAAAUUGGCUUUGGGAGAAUGGGUUAUUUGGAAUCUCAAGAUUGUCGACAGACCUCCGUAAGAGUGUAUCGUUAUUAUGUCAAGGAGUUGAGCGGGAAGUUCUGUCAUUCAUCUCGAUGGGGAAUGGGCGGCGCUGUCGUUCGGACCAAGUCUUCAAUUUCCAUCCUCCCCUAGGGA